GAAUUCGCUGUGCCCCAAGCCGCCUUACUCGCUGUGCAAACUCCGUGACUGCUGCUGCUCGUCGCAAUCGCAUAUGGACAACUAAAAAAGCGGUCAAUAGAUCUACAAAUCUCAAACUCAACAUGUUGAAUGGGUCACUAAUAAUACUGCUGCUGUGCGUGUUUUGUGCCACAAUUAAUGCCACGCCCACAUCGUCGAGACUGGCACGAAGUGCUCAUCUUCAGGAGGAUGUGCAGCUUCUGCAUCCACAUGUCAUAACCAUCGAGCGUUUGGAGCAUUUGCUGCGACGUGCCGGCGAAAUCUUUGGUCCUGCUGUUAUGCAGAACGAGGAUGCACAGACGUCGGCCAGCGAAGUGCAACCUCAGAUUCAAAUUCACCCUCAACCGCAUCCGCAGCCACAGCCCUACAUGCUGCCACCCACAGAGCAACCUUACAACUUUUAUUUACCACUCUUCGACUACGUCGAUCCCAAGCUAGAUGCCAAGAGCAAGCGCAUGGAGAAAAUUGCGCCACCUCCACAUCGAGUGCAGCAGGAACGCAACUACUACGCGGACAAGCCAAAGAAGACGCCCAAGAAAUUCAAUGCGGAUGCCAAGCACAUCAAUAUGAAGUGGCUCAACACCUACGAGAAGGCAAUGGGUGGCAAUACGCCCAAGGCUGUCUACUUGGAGCAGGACGAACGUAGUCGCAUCAAUUUCGAUGAUUCAUUUUUUGCCGUGGACAUGCACGUCAAGACGCCCGACAAUCAGCCCCACGUCAAUGUGCCUGGGGAGCUCAUGCAGCACGGCGAGCAGCUGCCCGAGGAUGAUCUAAUGGCUGCACCUGCGCAUCAGCUUGCAUACAACUUUAAGCCAACUGGAGCCUAGGACAAGAUCAAGUUCAGAUCAAGUGUUAUUUAAUUGUAGUCAGUUACAUAAAUCCAAAAUAUAUCAAUAUAUGUAUUUAUAUGUGUGUGGAGUUAAGUUUCCCAGUGUAAACAGAAAAGAAACAAGAUUAAGUGGAAAGUAAUUAAAGAACGAACUUGAAAUUCUGAUGUGACACGCUUGUAGUUGAAGUUUUGAAAAAUGCCGAUGCAAUUGGAAGAACUAUGUUGUGCUUAAAUUGCAUCCUUGUAGGUCUUGACCCACUGCUCUCUCCUAGACCAAAGUACAUACAUAUUUUAAAAACUUUAAUAAAAUCAAUGUCUAAGAGAAGUUUUGAAAUUGGAAAAACGCAGGGCGCCGGUUUUAACUGUCAAUCUUUAAUAAUUAAUUAUAAAUAAAGUAAAAUGUUGACUGUGCACAACGAUUUUGAAAUGUGUUGUAUAGUUUUAAAACAUCUGAAGUCUAUCUAAAAUUCAAGCGUGUUACCUUUUUUUACAGUUACUUGAAAACGGAGGAUGCAAACAGAGCGAAAUAUAUCACAUAUUGGGCAUUUCUCUGUGUGCUAUUAUUCUUCAUAAUUUUGUUUCGCUCUUUGUCGUUUUCCCAUUCUGCUACGAGCGACAAAACAACACUUUACGAGGUGUCGUAUAAUUUUGGGCAGGAGUGUAUGCAUCUGCGCGACGCCAUUGCGGACCACUUUUUCAAUAUCGUCGAGCAGACCAGAUGCUCCAAAACGGAAUAGUUCAGGCUGCAGCCAAUGCAUGCCAAGUGUCUCCUUCACCAGCGUUAUCCAGGCAAUGGCAUCGCGCACAGUACGCACUCCUCCAGCUGGCUUUAAGCCCACAAU